AUGGCGUCCACAACAGGAGGAAUUAUUCUUGCGAUUAUCCUUUCAAGCAGUCUUCAUGCUACGUUGCAAUCUACAUGCAGUCAUUUUCAAGGACCUCCUCUACCGAACAGGCCCUUUAUCACAGUUUGGCAUACUCCGACAGAGCUGUGCAAAACGAAAUGGAACGUUACUCUUGAUUUUAGUGCAUUCGAUUUCGUAGUGAACCCUGACCAAACGUGGUGUGGAGAGCAUAUCGUGAUAUUUUACAACUCACAGCUGGGUUUGUAUCCUUAUUAUGAUAGCAAUGGGAAAGCAGUGAAUGGAGGCCUUCCACAGCUGGCCAACAUGACCGCACACCUCACCAUGGUUGAAAAAGACAUUGCAGAAGUGAUAAAAGAUCCAGACUUUCAAGGCCUUGGCAUAAUUGAUUGGGAGUUCUGGAGACCAAUAUUUGACAGAAAUUGGGAAAAACUUUCUAUCUACAGAAAUAAGUCAAUAAAGGUCGUCAAAGAAAGACAUCCUUCGUGGUCAGACAGUCUUAUUGAAGAAAUAGCCCGUGUAGAAUUUGAAACUGCAGCUCAACAGUUUAUUGAAGGCACCUUACUGCUCGCUCAAAAACUUCGUCCGAAGUCUGCUUGGGGUUUAUACGGCUUCCCAAAUUGUUACAACGACAAUGACGCAAAACCUUACACCUGUAGUAAACAGACUAUGCAGAUGAACGAUCAACUCUGGUGGAUGUUUGAGUCUAGUUCAGCAUUGUUUCCUUCAAUUUACCUUUACAAUGACAAGUCCCGAAAUAACACGCUAUAUGUGAAGUAUAGAUUAUUAGAAGGCUUUAGACACUCAAAGAAACUAGAUGGUCAUUUCAUUCCUGUCUAUCCUUACGUUCGCAUAACCUAUCCAGAUUCGCAGCUAUACCUUAAUGAGGCCGAUAUUGUGGCAACAAUUAGCCAGUCAGCGGAGCAAGGAGUCGCCGGCGUUGUUAUAUGGGGAGACCAUCUGACAGAGAGGACAAAAACCGACUGUUUAGAGAUUAAGACCUACAUUGAUAAUUUUCUGGGACCAGUAAUUAGAAACCUCACCACAAUCACUCAAGCCUGCAGCCAAGAGUUCUGCAACUCCCAUGGAAGGUGUACCUUCCAGCUGAAACCUGUUGAGGGUAUUCACUCCUCAUUUCAUGAAUUUGCAAAGGAUUUGACAGAUCAGUGGAAAUUUCAGAGCUGCAAAUGUUACAAUGGAUGGAGUGGGGCGAACUGUGACCAUCAAAAUUAGAGCCCGACUCGAACUUACCACUGAAUAUUUUAUAUUUCAUUUUGCACAAAUUUUGGUAUAUUUAAACAGUAUUCACGCAAUCUCAUGCGCUGAUUUUGAUGACCAGUUUUGCUACGAACGCUUUCACUCUCAAAUUCUACACUAGUGGGGACGGACCAUCAGAAAAGCUAGGAUGGAAGUGGGGGAAGCCGGGGGUACUCUGUUGAUAAGUGAUCUUUUUAGACGAAAGCACUUGCAGGUUAACUCUUGGUCCUAUACGAUAAUUAAUCGUAGUUAUCGUUCGUUUAAGUGACAAGUCCCCCUUUUACGCUUCAAGUGUUAUUAAGUGAAUUCGCAAACAGGUCAUCCAUUGACAGAGUUCGCAAGAUGAUUGACGGCUUCAUGAAACGAAAUAAUUUUUUAAUCCAAAGUUUGCGCGUUAUCUAAAUGCGCGAUACGGUUAUAGUAUGGUCUUCCCAUGGACAUUUCACUUUUGCAACGUGCACGGCAUAACGCACCAGAACGUAGUUGAGUUUGAUUGACACUGCACAUGGUGAAGUCAUGCAUGUCGCUUUUUUGGGAGAGUUCGUUUUUUUUCCCAAGAGAAGGUGUGGGAGAAUAAAGAACGGUUGUGUUUAUGGAAAGAAAGCCUGUGAUUGUGAUUUUGCGAUACUAAACUUCUAUUGCCACAGAGGCAUUCCCGAAAACU